GGAGUUGCCAGGGAGAGCAGCCCUUUCAUCAACGAUGCCGAGAUGGACAGAGGGAACUUGUACGAAGGGAAGAACAUGGCUCUCUUUGAGGAAGAAAUGGAUAGCAAUCCCAUGGUAUCAUCUCUUCUUAAUAAACUGGCAAACUACACUAAUCUGACUCAAGGUGUGGUGGAACAUGAAGCAGAUGAAGACAGCAAACGAAAGGAAGUCAAGGUUCCACGUAUGGGCACGUUCAUUGGGGUCUACCUGCCCUGCCUGCAGAACAUCCUGGGUGUCAUCCUCUUCCUGCGCCUGACGUGGAUCGUGGGCACGGCCGGAGUCCUCGAGUCGUUCAUCAUUGUGUUCAUGUGCUGUGCUUGUACUAUGCUAACCGCAAUUUCYAUGAGUGCGAUAGCAACAAAUGGGGUAGUUCCAGCUGGAGGCUCUUACUACAUGAUCUCAAGAUCUUUAGGACCAGAGUUUGGUGGAGCAGUGGGACUUUGUUUCUACUUGGGUACGACCUUUGCAGGCGCAAUGUACAUUCUCGGCACCAUCGAGAUUCUCUUGACGUACAUCUCGCCCAGUGCUGCUAUAUUUAAAGACGAAGAGGAYGGCGAGGAGACGGCGGCCAUGCUGAACAACAUGAGAGUUUAUGGCACGUGCAUCAUCGCCCUGAUGGCCAUCGUGGUCUUUGUGGGAGUCAAGUACGUCAACAAACUCGCCCUGGUCUUCCUUGCCUGCGUCAUUCUCUCCAUCAUUGCCAUAUAUGCAGGAGUUAUUAAGACUGCUUUUGACCCGCCUGACUUUCCUAUCUGUCUUCUCGGGAACCGGACGCUGUCCAAACGCAACUUUGAUGUCUGUGCCAAAUUUAUUGAGAGCAAUAAUGAAACAAGGACCACGAAGCUGUGGCGUCUCUUCUGCGAUGGCCCUUUGCUCAAUGCCACGUGUGAUGACUACUUUGCUCUCAACAACGUGACAGAAAUUCAAGGGAUUCCCGGGGUAACGAGUGGAGUUCUCCUUGAUAAUUUGUGGAGUGCCUAUUCAGAAAAAGGAUCAAUAGUUGAGAAAAAAGGUCAGCCAUCAGUUUCUGGAACAGAAGACAACAAAGCUAGUGGACUCCCAUAUGUUUUUACAGACAUCAUGACCUACUUCACAAUGCUGGUGGGGAUUUAUUUCCCAUCUGUGACAGGUAUAAUGGCAGGUUCAAACAGAUCUGGAGAUCUUAAGGAUGCUCAGAAAUCUAUUCCUACUGGAACUAUUUUGGCUAUUGCAACUACAUCUUUUAUUUAUCUCUCCUGCAUAGUCCUGUUUGGUGCCUGUAUAGAAGGUGUGAUAUUAAGAGACAAGUUUGGAGAAGCAGUUAAUGGAAACCUGGUGGUCGGUACGCUGGCCUGGCCUUCUCCGUGGGUCAUUGUGAUUGGCUCCUUCUUCUCCACGUGUGGUGCUGGUCUUCAGAGCCUCACUGGUGCUCCCCGCCUCUUGCAGGCCAUCGCGAGGGACGGCAUCGUCCCGUUUAUUCAAGUAUUUGGUCAUGGAAAAGCAAAUGGAGAGCCAACAUGGGCCCUACUCCUCACUGCUGGUAUCUGUGAGAUAGGAAUUCUGAUAGCCUCCUUGGACAGUGUAGCACCAAUUCUGUCAAUGUUUUUCCUUAUGUGCUAUAUGUUUGUAAAUCUGGCUUGUGCAGUGCAGACGCUCUUACGGACUCCCAACUGGAGACCUCGUUUCAAGUAUUACCACUGGACCCUUUCAUUCCUGGGGAUGAGUUUAUGUCUUGCCUUGAUGUUCAUUUGCUCUUGGUACUAUGCUUUGGUUGCCAUGCUAAUCGCAGGAUGUAUUUACAAAUACAUAGAAUAUAGAGGAGCGGAAAAGGAGUGGGGCGAUGGGAUCCGAGGCCUGUCUCUGAAUGCAGCUCGCUACGCUUUGCUUCGCGUUGAGGACGGGCCUCCGCACACCAAGAACUGGAGGCCUCARGUCUUGGUCUUGUUAAAUCUGGAUUCCGAACAGUUAGUAAAACAUCCUAGAUUGCUUUCUUUCACCUCUCAGUUGAAGGCUGGUAAAGGGUUGACUAUAGUGGGAUCUGUUCUUCAGGGAAUCUACUUGGAUAAAUGUGUGGAAACCCAGAAAGCUGAAGAGAAUGUUAAAGCUUUAAUGGGAAUAGAAAAAACAAAAGGCUUUUGCCAGAUUGUGGUUUCUCCAAGUUGCAGAGAUGGCAUAUCCCAUUUGAUUCAAUCGGCUGGCCUAGGGGGGAUGAAGCACAACACAGUCCUCAUGGCGUGGCCACAGUCRUGGAAGCAGACAGAAAACUAUUUCUCUUGGAAGAAUUUUGUUGACACUGUACGAGAAACAACAGCAGCUCAGCAAGCUCUGCUGGUUGCUAAAAACAUYGACUUGUUUCCAACAAACCACGAACGUUUCACGGAUGGGAACAUCGACGUGUGGUGGAUUGUUCACGACGGGGGCAUGCUGAUGUUGCUGCCUUUUCUUCUUCGACAGCACAAGGUUUGGAGGAAAUGCAAAAUGCGCAUAUUCACCGUCGCUCAAAUGGAUGAUAACAGCAUUCAAAUGAAGAAGGAUCUACAGAUGUUCUUGUAUCACCUUCGCCUGAAUGCUGAAGUGGAAGUUGUUGAAAUGUUUGAAAAUGAUAUUUCUGCAUUCACGUAUGAGAAGACACUUGUGAUGGAGCAGCGAUCUCAGAUGUUAAAACAGAUGCAACUAUCAAAGAAUGAAAGGGAAAGAGAGGCUCAGUUAAUCCACGACAGAAACACCGCGUCCCACUCGGCUCCCACCGUGAAAGCCAACGUGGCUGCUGCGGCCCCGGAAAAAGUGCAAAUGACCUGGACUAAAGAAAAGUUUGUAGCUGAAAAACAUAAAAACAAAGAAACAAAUCUGUCUGGUUUUAAAGAUAUUUUCAACAUGAAACCGAAUCAGUCAAAUGUGAGAAGAAUGCACACUGCUGUGAAGCUCAAUGGAGUCGUCCUUAAUAAAUCACAGCACGCACAGCUAGUUCUCCUGAAUAUGCCUGGACCUCCUAAAAACAGAAAAGGAGAUGAAAACUGUAUCCUUUACUAUAUUGCUCUGUAUUUAUUGACACUGGGAGUCUUGUUUGAUGAUUGUGCCAUUGAUAGGGUUAUGUUGGUUUGGGAAAACAACCUUUACUUACAGCAAUAUGGUUUUCACGUGUGUGAUUUUUAGUUCAGUUGAUGUAGGAUAAUCUUCUGUUUUGAACUCUUCU